AUGUGUUUUUCACUUCUGUCAGCAUGGACUGUGUUUCUGAACCUGCUGGUGAUCAUCUCCAUCUCUCACUACAAGAAGCUUCACACUCCAACCAACCUGAUUAUUCUCUCUCUGGCUGUGGCCGACCUGCUUAUUGGACUUAUUGUGAUACCCAUAGAGGCCAUUAAGUUGAUUGAGACGUGUUGGUACUUCGGAGAAACUUUCUGUAAACUAUUUAUGUUAAUCAUGGGACUACUUUUAUCAGCAUCUCUCAGUAAUUUAGUUUUAAUUGCUAUUGAUCGAUAUGUGGCUAUCUGUCACCCUUUACUGUACCCACAGAAAAUAACCAUGACUAGAAUGAUAAUUAUUGUCUGUUUUUGCUGGCUUUUUUCUUCAACUUAUAAUAUUGCAAUUGUAGUAAGUAUCUCACACAGAACAGAUGCAUGUUAUGGUGAAUGUAAUGUUAUGCUUACAUUUGAAUGGAGAGCAAUUGAUUUAAUAUUUUCCUUCCUGUUUCCUUGUGCCCUGAUCAUAACUUUACAUUUGAGGAUAUUUUAUGUCGCACAAAAACAAGUGAAAGUUAUAAACUCUCUAAAGGGUGGUAAAUGUGUAAUGGAAGGUUCAAUAAGGAGGAAAUCUGAGAGUAAAGCUGCUCUGACAUUAGGAAUCAUUGUGGCAAUUCAUCUGCUUUGCUGGAUUCCAUACUAUAUCUUGACUCUAACUGAAAACACAGCAAUCCCACCCACUGUACUGUAUUGUCUAAUAUGGGUCUUAUACAUUAACUCAUGUCUGAAUCCUCUUAUCUAUGCUUUAUUUUACCCCUGGUUUAGAAAAUCUGUUAAACACAUUAUAACUCUUAGAAUAUUUCAGCAAGCAUCCUCUCGGCUUAAUAUUUUUACAGAUCGUCAUUCAUGA